CACACAUUUCUCCACUACUGACAGUGUGCAGCUUUUUUCGGGACAAAGCCGCGUGUCAGGAUUGUUUCAAUCAAACUAUUUAAUGAAGCAUUUCCACCGACUGUUUACCCUCCGGAUGGAUUUAAACAUUUUCAUUUUUAAUGACUGGAAAUGACGGAAGCCGGCGUUGUUCAUGGGGAUGUCUGAGGAGGCUGUCCGCCAGACGCGCAGCCAGAAGAGGGCGCUGGAGAAGGAGGCUGCUCCACAGUCUGGAGAACCCUCUCGGGCUGACAAUGAAAGCAAGAAACCUAAAUUGGACCCGUCCGAACUAACGACAGAGGAACAAAGUAGCCCCAAACCCGAGCUUAUACCGGCGCAGGACAGUCAGAGCCGGACUAAGGCCGGAUCGGCGGACGAGAAGCAGCCAGAGCAGAGCCCGUCGCCAUCACCUUUAACUUUACCCUCAGCCUCCCAGCCAGCCAAGGACGAUGAGGAUCGGACCCAGAGGCCGCCGAUCGUCGAACCCGGCUCGGACAAUCGGACUGACUCUAACGACAGAGCCGGCAAGGCCAAGGCGGAGGCGGCUGUCGACACGAGGAGCCGGGUCCGACAGGUGGAGACGAAGGCGUCCGGCGGCCUGCUGCCCGCGGGCGAGGUGAAGGCCACCAUCAAAGUCGAGGUUCAGACGGGGGAGCAGCCCGUGGACAUGAGCACCUCCAGAGGCAGUAUAAAAAGGGAGAAGCGUCCUCCGUCUCCUGAUGAUGAUGAUGUCAUCAUCUUGUCUGAUAACGACUCCCCCAGCCCCCCGAUGAACGGCCUCAGCCACUUCAAGGAGCUGGACACUGACCUGCUCAUGAAGAGCAGCCCGGCCGAGAGGGAGCGUAUCAUCAAGCAGCUGAAGGAGGAGCUCCGUCUGGAGGAGGCCAAGCUGGUGCUGCUGAAGAAACUUCGACAGAGCCAAAUACAAAGGGACACUCUGCAGAAGCCCUCAGGUGUAUCCGGCUCCACUGCUCCCCCACCUCUAAUUCGAGGAACAAUUACAAGCAAUAAAGGCUCUCAGCAGAUUUUGGCCGGCAGGAGUUCAGGUACCGUCAUCCCUCCGCCUCUGGUGAGAGGAGGUCAGCAGGUGUCGUCUAAACACGGCUCCCAGAUCAUCAUGCCGCCUCUGGUCAGAGGAGCACAGCCCAUCUCUGUAUCUCCACAGCAGAUCCAGGCUCUCCGACAGCAGCAGCAGCAGCAGCUGGCUGCGUCGGGAGGUUCAGGGUCGGGACCCCCUCCUCUGCUGUUGGGCCCCAGGACCUCAACCCCUGCAGGCCAGGGCCAGAGAGGCAUGGUCCAGGCAGGCCUCAUCAGGAUCGGCGGUAGCACGAACUCACUGGCCUCAGCAUCCAGUCUGAAGGGCUCUUCCUCAGGAAGCGGUGGCGUGUCCGUGGUCAGCAUGAAUGACUCUCCGGCUAGUCGCCAAGCGGCAGCUAAACUCGCCCUGCGGAAACAGCUAGAGAAGACCCUCCUGGAGAUCCCCCCGCCCAAGCCACCGGCCCCCGAGUUUAACUUCCUGCCCUCGGCCGCCAACAAUGAGUUCAUCUACCUGGUGGGACUGGAAGAAGUGGUACAGAAUCUGUUGGAUACCAUCCACAGAGGAAAGACAGGUGUGACAUUGUCCAAGUCCACAGUCAGAGACCCUUUCAUCUGCACCCAGUGCAACACUGACUUCACCUGCCGCUGGAGGCAGGACAAGGCGAAAGGCGGGAUAGUGCUCUGUGAAGACUGCAUGUCGUCCAAUCAGAAAAAGGCUUUGAAAGCGGAGCACACCAACAGGCUGAAGGCUGCGUUCGUCAAAGCGCUGCAACAGGAGCAAGAAAUAGAGCAGCGCAUCAUUCAGCAGACGUCCUCGCCGGUCUCCCACAGUACUUCGUCAUCCUCUUCAUCUGCCUCUUCGUCCAUGAAGGCAGAGCAGCUGGUGUCUCAGCAGCUGAAGCAGGCUCAGGCCAGAGUGUCCUCCCUCCAGCACCACCACCAGGGCAGCCGGGGAGGCAACAUCCUUCAUCACCACUCCAUCAAGCAGAGCUCGCAGGGCCACCUGUCCCGUGGCAUCUCAUCGAUGGGGGUGCGAGGCGUCCCCCACUCCUUCUCCUCCUCCUCCCAGCUGCAGAGCGCGGUGGCGGCGGCGGCUUUGGUCAGUCGGCCAGGUAAGCAUGCCCAUGUUUCCCACCGCUCUGUCCAGAGUUCAAAGGUGAGCAGCAGUGGAAUCGGCGGCGGCAGGAAUAUCCGCGGAGGUAGUGCCUCAUCCACUGCAUGGAAGAAGCAGAGCAACAGCAAUACAGGAGUGACCAUGGCCUACGUAAACCCCAGCCUGACGGGUCACAAGACGUCGGCCACCGUGGACGCUCGUCAGAGGGAGUACCUGCUGGACAUGAUCCCCUCUCGUUCAUCCAUCUCGCAGACUGCAAACACAUGGAAAUAAUUGAAGCAGCGCUCUGCUCUAUUCAUACUUAGUUUUUUGUCCAAGUUCGUCUGCUCCAAUAAUAUGGUCCACAGCACCCCCACAGGACUGCUAAGCAAUUACAGUCUCUCAAAGUGAAGAAACGUUCCUUAAUUACCUUCGUAUGAUUCUUGUUUUAGUUUUCUUAUUUUCUGUUGUUUAUUUUGAGGCUCGUGUUCUUUGAUAAUUGUGCAGAAACCAUUUCGAUUUGACUGGGACAAAAACAAACAAAAAAAAAAAAUACUUGAAGGGCUUCCUUUGGGCUCUGUCCUCCAGACUGGGUAGUUAAUGGUGGGUGAUAAGUGGAUUUGUCUGCUGUGAGUACCUUGGUUAAAGAUGAGUACUCAGUUUUAGGCUUAUUAGCCCUUUUUGCCAUGAUGUGGGUGAAACGGACCCAACCUUUUGACACUUGAAUGGUUUUAGUCAUCAUGCCCAAGAGUUCAACGAAAUACACAUUUAUUUUAAGUAAAAACAAAAUAACCAAGUUGUAAAAUUUUCAGACAUCAUCGUGUAGUUGCAAGUUUGAAUUUAUUUUGUAUUUACAGUAAGUUAUUUUGUUUCUUUUUUGUCAUUUUUUUUGACUGAUGUUAAAAAUCACUCAGUAUAUUGUGGUCUCCACAAAUGAAGAGUUUAUUCUAGCUUUGUUUUUGUUUUUUUUGUUUUCUUUUGUUUUCCUGUUUAACAGCAUGCCUACCCGUAAGCCCAUUUUGCACCUUAGCUAAAGAAGCGUGGUGUAAUUGCUUAUUUCAUCUGUAAUUACCAUCUGUAAUUUGCUUGUUUUAUAUCAAUGUCAACAUUGUAAGAUUAUUUUGAGUGUUACGUCAUCACUGAAAAAAAUGCAAACUCUGAAGGAGCUGAAUUUGCCACACUGGAGCAAGAGAUCAUGCCUCCGUUGUUCAUCAAUAAUCCAUGCGACACUUGGGAUAUACAUAGCCCUGAGUUGAUUCUUAAAGGAACCAUCUCCCAGCUAUCAAGACUGGAUUUCACAAGACCAUAUUUAUCUUGUACUCCUCACCAUGUGACAUAAUGUCUCUGCUUUCCAAUAAUCUUAAUUGCAUUGUAUAAACUUAUGUUAAACUUUAUUUGGUUUACUUUUUUCCUAGCUCCUGAAGAAAUAAUAAAAAUAUAAAUUUUAA